AUGCACACCACACAACUAUCUCUAUCCUUCCUCUCCCUCGCCCUCAGCUUUCUCUUCCAGGUCGGCACCGCCCAAGACACCACUCUAUCAGCAGUGUCAGAGUAUCCCGACGGCCAGCCGCAGGCGCCUCCCACUGCGGCGGUAGCCUCAUCCUCCUCAGUGCCCUCGACGUCGUCCUACGAGAACCCCUUCACAAUAUACACCUCCAUGACCAACUCGCUGGGCGUCAUCACCGGCAUGCCGUCCGUGGUGACUUCCCAGCCCACCCAACCGGCAGUCAUCACGAGCCAGCCUCAGUCGCCCACACUGCCCAGCUACUCGGGGUACUACUACAACACGACCAGCUCAGCGUCGGUACCGGUAUCGAGCAGCCCCACCACGCUGGCCACAAGCAUGACAGCGGUCGCUAGUGGGACUUCGAGCAGUGAAGGAAGUUCCACUGGUAGCUCAUCCAGCAGCUCUAGUCCUGCGAUCCCGCAAGCCACUGGCGGCGCGGCGGCCUUGAACAAGAUCACAGGAGCGGGCGUUGGCUUGGUUGUCGCGGCGCUGGGAUUCUGCAUGCUAUGA